AUGGUGCACCUGACCCGGGAAAGCGUCGCCGCAAUCCCUGGCAUGGACCCCAUCUGGGCGGUGAAGCUCUGGACGGAAAUAGCGCGUGCGUUGGACCAGCAAGGGUAUCCGCUACAGAGCCAGGGGCAAGAACUUGCGUAUGCGAUGGCUCAGGUGAUGUCCGUCGGAACCGGGGGAUCGGCCCGGUUCAGCCUGCCAUCGCAUCCAGCAGUGCGGGCGCUCAGAGGGUCCCAAACGACCGGCGCAGUUGGCAAGAUGGAGCAGAGCACCGGGGAACAGUCCGAGACGUUUUGCCCGGUGGAGGCGCCUGCUCCUGUGCAGCGACAGCCGGCGGAAGCAGCGCCUGGUGCUCCACCGCCGCCUGCGAGGAUCGCGACGACCGAGCAGCGCGAGCUACCCGCGUCCGAGACGCACACGAUCACGGCGUUGACGGGACAGGCGGCCAUCGAACACAAGGAGGGUCUGGGUAUGAAAGCGGUAGCUAAGGUCGAGAAGCUCCAAGGCGUUGCAGGCAAAGUCGCGCAGAAGGCCGGGAAGGUGGCCGGGAUGAUAGACACGGCAGCGGAGUUCCUCGACAGCGACGCUGGGCAGGCGCUCAAGACCGUUGGCGAGGCGGCGUACAAGGCGCUCGACGGCCUGUCGGAGCUCGCGAGCACCGUGCCGUUCAUCGCGCCGCUGGGCAUCGCGGUGAAGAUGAUCUUCAAGAUCUGCAACAACGUGAUGGCGCAGAAACGGAACUGCCAGAAGCUGCAGAAGAUGGUCGAGGACAUGGUGGUGGUGGUGAUGGAGGCGAAGGACAGCCUGCACAAGUUCGAGAAGCAGGUUGGGGAGCUGGUCGACCUUAUCAAGAAGUGCCACGAUUAUUGCGCGAAGUUUGCGCGCGCUGGGUUCCUCAAGAAGCUGGCCAAGGGCAUCGCGGACGACAAAACCUUUGAGCGGCUCGGGCAGCAGCUCGCGGACAAGAUGGAGUACUUCGCCAAGGCCUGCGUCGCCACGACCACCAAGAACGUCACCGCCAUCAACGAGAAGAUGGACAAGAUGAUGGCGGAGCUGUCGUCGGGCAGCAUGUUCGUGUCGGAGAGCAAGGAGAUCAAGGAGCUGUGCGACUCGAUGGGGGGGCUGGACGCGGUGAUGGGGGACCCGGAGAAGAUGAAGCAGCUGAGCGCGAAGAUGAGCAUCUCGGACCAGCUGCUGAAGGGCGAGAUGGACGAGAUCAAGGCGCUGAUGGACGAGGGCCCGCACAAGCUCAUCUACCACGAGGACAUCCGGGUCUUCUGGCGCAUGAACUUCCGCUCCACGGAGGUCGCUUGGGACAUAUUCUUCCUCGGCUUCACCCAGCGCUUCCACGACAUGCAAGGCUGGCUAGCCGAGAACGAAAAGAGCAUGCGUCGGGUGCUCGACGUCAACGGCGACGGUGUCAUCACCGCUCUCGAAGUCAACAUCGCGUUCCCAGCGGACAGGUCCCUCCGCGAAGCGUUGGAGUUCUUGACGUCGCCGGGCUUCGUGAAAAACAACCUCCCGGACCUGCCGCGGAACUUCUUCGCGCGCGAGCGCAGCCAGCAGCGCGCAAUCAAGCAGGUCUUCGAAAACGGCCAGGACAGUGUGUCGUGGCUGCAAAUCGUCGGCGACGUGGGGCUGGGCAAGACCACGCUUGCGAUGGGCGUCGGGCACGAGGUGGUGCAGCAGCGGCAGUGCGGGGGGGUGUUCUUCGUCGACCUGACGGGCAAGACGACGUCGGAGGCGGCGGUGUACGAGAUCGGCGCGCAGCUGGACAUCGCGGUCAACGACAUCGACCACCUGGUGCAGGAAUUGCCGAAGAAGAUCGAAAAGCUGUCGCCGCCGAAGAUGAUGGUGAUCCUGGACAACAUCGAGGACGUCCUGGAGGAGGACGAGGAGGACUUCGUCGACGCUCUGACGGCCCUGCUGAACUCUGACGGCCUGCAGCAGUCUCUGCGCGUAGUCUCGACGUCGCGCGUGGAGGUGUCGGAGGCGAUCCGCGACGACUACCUCGCGCCCGGCACGGGCCCGCCGUCGGCUGUCAUGCCGGUCGAGGAGAUGACGCAGACCGAGAUCACGAAGUGGGUGAUGACCUUCGUGCGCAGCGAGGAGAGCCAGAUGAAGAUCCGCGGCGAGCUGAAGAAGGCGCUGAAGAAGAGCGGGAGCACGCUGAAGCCGCUGCAGGUGCAGAUGAUCGGGAGCGGGCUGCAGCGCGGGAAGCCGCCGGACGUGGUCGUGGAGCGCGUGCUGUCGGGCGGCGACUGGGUGAGCAACUCAAUCGAGGACAUGAGCGAGGACAUGCGGGCGAUGUGCCUGCGGAUGCUGGUGUUUCCGAGCACGUUCGACGAGGUCGCGGCGGAGGCGGUGUGCGGGGCGUCGCCGGACAUCCUCGAUGAGUUGUUGUCACUGAACAUUAUCAAGAAAUGCGAGGCGGGGCGGUACAAGAUGGAGGCGGAGAUCACGAACUGGUUCAACGAGACCAAGUCCGGCCAGGCCAGGCGAUCCGCGCGCGACUUGAGCGGCGUGCAGCACGACGGCUCUGCGUUCCGCAAGCAUUACAUGUCGGAGCUGUGGCGGGCGUAUCACAUGUACGACUCGGCGAAGGCGGACAUCGGGCUGAUGGUGUUCGACAAGGAGCACGCGAACUUUCAGCUGCUCUACUCGGACGGCCCGGCCGGCAUGUGCGGCGACAACACCCUGCAAACGGCCAUCGACAUCCUGCGCAUGGACCAGAUGCUGGACGCCCGUCUGACGAUCGACGACCACAACAGCCUGCUCAAGGUCGCGCAGACGCUGGUGGACUUCCCGCCCAGCCCCGCGCCCGCGCCGGAGCGGACGGCGGAGCUGCAGGCGGCGAAGCUGGAGUACGAGGGCAUGGUGCACCAGAAGCAGGCGCGGUACAGCGAGGCGCUGGAGUGCUACCGGCAGUCGCGGGCGCUGCUGGAGUCGGACCUGCUGCGGGACAAGACCCGGCUCCGGCAGCUGUGCGUGGCCAAGAUCGGGGCGGUGCUGACCAUCAUGGGCCAGUACAGGGAGGCGCUGGGCGAGCUGCAGGGGGUGUUCGACGCGCUGAGCAAGAUGCACGACGACGCCGAGGCGUCGGCGGGGGCUAAGAGCGACGAGGCCAUGGUCGCCGCUCGCGACGCGGCCCUGGCAGCCGCGCUGCUGGCGAACGUCCACGAGAAGAGCGGGCGCUUUGGUGAGGCGCUCAAGCUGUACAGCGACGCGGUGGAGCUCGAGCAGGAGGCGCGCGGCGGCGAGCACCCGUCCGUGGCCAAGACGCUGACGGCGGUCGGCGCCGUCAAGGCGUCGCAGGGCCAGUACAAGGAGGCAGUUGCGAAGUACACAGAGGCUCUGAAUAUCUGCAAGGCCUUCUUCGACGAGGGGCACCCGCUGGUGGCGGCGACGCAGAGGCGCAUCGCUGACGUCAAGGUGCUGCUGGGCGAUCUCGACACCGCCGAGGAGAUGUACAAGGAGGUGCUGGCAUCUCUCAAAGCAGAGCUGGGUCCGAACCACCCGCAGUGCGGCGAGACGCUGCAGGGGCUCGGGCAGGCAGCGCUGGGGCGGGCGGACUUCGACGAGGCGCUGUCGUGCUUCCAGAAGGCCGCGAAGAUCUUCGACAAGUCGCUCGGCAGUCAUCACCCGCAAACGGCGUGGGUCAACCUUCCGAUGUCUGAGAUCUACAGGCGGCGCGCGGAGUACGCGCAGGCGAGCGAGCACGCCGAGACGGCGCUGUCGACGCUGGUGGAGGUGGUCGGGGACCAGCACCCGGACGUGGGCGACGUGCUGGAGUCGAAGGGUGAGAUCGCCAUGGCUCUGGGGAGGUUCGGGGAGGCGUAUGACAUGUACUGUCGGGCACAGAAGGUGUUCGUGGCGACGUUCGGCGAGAAGCAUCCCGCAGUGGGGCGGACCUGGCGCGCGCGGGGCGAGGUGUCGGCUUUGGAAGGCAACUACAAAACGGCAAUCGAGGAGCUGCAGAAGGCACAGGACAUAUUCUCGGAGACGCUGGGCGCGACCCACUGGCGCCUUGCGCGCGCGCGUGUCAGGACGGGCGACUGCAUGCUCGAGCUGGGCGACACCGCGGGCGCGCAGGGCGAGUACGAGGCAGCCAUGGGUAAUUUGAAGGCCUCCCUGGGCGACAAGCACCCGAUGACGGCGGAGUGCAUCAAGGGGCUGGGCGACCUGCACCUGCAUCGGGCGGAGUUUGCGGACGCGACGGACAAGUACACGCAGGCGAUGAAGAUCUUCGCUAGCGUGCGCGGUCCGGACCAUCCCAGCGUGAACGCUAUUCGCCUGGAGCUGGCCAACGUGCUGACGCGGCGGGGCAUGUACGUGGACUCGGAGGCCAUGCUGGAGACGGCGGAGCAGAGCGCGCUGGUGAAGUUUGCGUACGGCGAGCACCCGUUCUGGGGCGCGUUCAAAGAGAGCCAAGGCAACCUGUCGCUGGCCCAGGGGCUGCUGAAGGACGCUGCCGACUUCUACACGGAGUCGCUGGAGAUGCGCAAGCGGCUGCUCGGCGAGAAGCACACGUCCGUCGGCAUCGCGUUCCGGGCCCUCGGGCAGGCGUGCAUGGAGGAUGGAAGGUACCUCGACGCACUGGAGUGCUUCCGCAGCGCGCGCGAGGUGCUGAGCGCGACGCUCGGGGCGGAGCACUGGCGCGUGGGGCGGCUGCACGCGUACGAGGCGCAGUCGUACGAGCGGCUGGGCAAGCGUGCGGAGGCGGCAGAAGCGGUGCGCAUGGCUGUGGACAAGCUGCAGGCGGCUCUGAGCAAGUCGCAUCCGUUCGUGGGCGAGGCGCUGGCGAUCCAGGGCGACGUGUAUGCGGGGAGCGCGGAGUUUGACAGGGCGGUUGCGUCGUUCAGCGGCGCGCGCGAGAUCUUCGAGAGGGUGCGGGGCGCGAAGCACCCGUCGGUGGCGAAGAUGAUGCGCAUGACGGCGGAGAUCGAGACGCGGCGCGGCGCGUACGAGGCAGCGACGGCGCUGAUCAAGGGCGCGGAGGGCAUCCUGGCGGAGUCGCUGGGGCAGAUGCACCCGGAGAUGGGCGAGGUGCACGAGGCGUUUGGCAGCCUGCUGCUGGCGACGGGCGACACGGCGGGGGCGCGGGAGCAGUUUGAGAGGGCGCUGCGGGUGCGGACGGCGGCGUUCGGGGAGGCGCACGAGAGCGUGGGCCGGGCGCAGCGUGCGCUUGGUCAGUCGUACAUGGAGAGCGGGCAGUACAAGGAGGCGCUCGAUUGCUUCCGAAAGGCGAAGGCGGCGCUGACGGAGGCGUUUGGGGAGGAGCACUGGCGCGUGGGGCGGCUGCACGCGUACGAGGCGCAGUCGUACGAGCGGCUGGGCAAGCGUGCGGAGGCGCAGGCGGCUGCAGAGGUGGGCGUGGCGAAGCUGCGGGGUGCGCUGGGAGCGGAGCAUCCGUUCGUGGGCGAGGCGCUGGCGAUCCAGGGCGACGUGUAUGCGGGGAGCGCGGAGUUUGACAGGGCCGUUGCGUCGUUCAGCGGCGCGCGCGAGAUCUUCGAGAGGGUGCGGGGCGCGAAGCACCCGUCGGUGGCGAAGAUGAUGCGCAUGACGGCGGAGAUCGAGACGCGGCGCGGCGCGUACAAGGGGGCGAAGCGUCUGCUGAUGGAGGCGGAGAUCGCCUUGUCCGCGUCCCUCGGGGACCGACAUCCGGAGAUGGGCGAGGUGCAUGAGGCGUUUGGCAGCCUGCUGCUGGCGACGGGCGACACGGCGGGGGCGCGGGAGCAGUUUGAGAGGGCGCUGCGGGUGCGGACGGCGGCGUUCGGGGAGGCGCACGAGAGCGUGGGCCGUGCGCAGCGUGCGCUGGGGCAGGCGGCCGCUGAUGCAGGGCAGUAUGAGGAGGCGGCGAGGUUCUUCACUGCUGCCAAGCAGACGUACAUGCAGGCGCUCGACGAGAGCCACUGGCGCGUGGGCCGAGCGAUGGCGCUGUACGGCGACGUGUGCACGCGGCUGGGACGCUUUGACGAUGCAGCAACGAGCCUUGAGGGGGGAGUGAAGCUGAUGGAGGCGUCGCUGGGCGAAGGACAUCCCUACGCAGCAGAAGGAGUGGAGAUGCGCGGCGAUCUGUUGGCCGCCCAGGGCCGCUUCGACGAGGCCGUCGCGCUGCUGUCCAAGGCUCUGGACGUGUUCAGCACCGUGCGAGGCGAGCGGCACCCGUCGUGUGGGCGCGUGCUACGCAAGAUCGGCGCUGCCCUGUCGACGCAGGGCAAGGUCGAGGAAGCCCUCGAUCGCGUGACCAAGGCCGAGGAGAUCCUGGCCGAGGCAUAUGCUGAGGGGCAUCGCGAGCUCGGCGACGUGAAAGACGCAAUGGGCAACAUCCUGUACAGCUUGAAGCGCCAUGACGAGGCGCUCGACGCGUAUCAGGGCGCUCUUGAUGUGUGGCGGGCGGCGCUCGGCGACGAGCACGAGCUCACGGGGCGCGGGAUGCGCGCGGUGGCGCAGGCGAUGAUUGAGCUGGGCCGCGGUGCGGAGGCGAAGAAUCUGCUCGACAGGGCACGCAGCAUCUACGUGCGCGUGUACCAGGGCGAGGAGCACUGGCGCGUGAUGCGCGUGGACGUGUGGCUGGGGCGCGCCCUGGUCGCUGCCGGGGACGCGGCGGCAGGGCAGAGCAAGGUGCAGAAGGCGGUCGAGGGGCUCGAGAGGGCGCUGGGCCAGAAGCACCCGGUGGUGGCGGAGGCCCGUGCGUGCCUGGAGGCGGUGGGGUGA